UUGAAUUCUUCAUCACGCACUUGUGGCAUUUUUGACUAUAUGGCUAUAUUCCAACAAGCCCAUGGGCCCUCGCGGCCACGGGAACAGCAGUACAAAAGCAGCAGCACGGGACAUACAACAUGCGGAAUAACAUAUCAGGACAAGUGUAGAAAAGCGACAGUGUACAUAGCGAUUACCAUUACGGUGGCUUACCCGGCCGCCCCGCAGGACCUGCCGCCACUCGGCCUACAGGGCUGACAGAUGCGUGUAUGAACAACAAUAAUAAUAAUAAUAAUGGCUAUAUUCAACAUGCCUCGUACACCUGGAGCCAAGGAGCUUGA